AUGGCCCCCAGCCUGGCGGGAGCGGCCCAGGACCUGCGCGACGAGCUCGGCGCCGUCGACGUGCACAGCGACAUCUCCGAGCCGGACACGAGCGACGACGAGGUCGCGCGCGCGACGGCGACGGCGAAGCGCACCGCCUCAAAGGACCUCGAGAGCCGCAUGGCGCGCAUCCGGGAGCAGGGGAAGAACAAACCGCCCACGAAGCCGCACUGGACCCGCGCGCGGCCCGAGGACGACGGACCGAGCGAGAUGUCGGCCGCCGCGGCGGAGCUGCGCGGCGCGUUCGACGCGGACUACGAGGCCGAGGAGGCCGAGGAGGCGUCGCCCGUCCGGCGCCGGGCCGACUCGCCGGCGAUGCCUCGCGCGCGCAACGAGACGCAGGUCAUGCUCGAGGAAGCGGCGAGGCGCCUCAGCCCCGAGCCCCCGGUCCUGAGCUGGCGCCGCGGCGACGCCGUGAGCUGCAAGUUCCGCGCCACGGGCAAGUGGGUCGACGCGACGGUGCUCGGCCCCGCCGCGGCGACGGCCAAGGGGCCCGCGGGCUACGACGUCAAGUACGAGGACGGCGGCGUCGUCGAGCGCCACGUGCCGCCGACGCUCCUCCGGCCGCGCGAGGGCGCCGAGCGCGACGCCGGGCCGUCGAAGGGCUUCGGGCGCGUCGACGCCGCCGCGGCGCCCGCGGCGCCCGCGGCGCCGAAGCCGCCCCGGCCCGCGCGGCCGGCGCCGCCGCGGCCCAAGGCCGCGCAGGAAGCCAAGGCCGCGCCGCCGGCGCACGUCGCGCAAGACUCGGCGCCCCGGCCCGAAGCCAAGGCGCCGCCGCCCGCAAAUGUGGCGCAGGACGCGCCAGCUGGCCCGCCGGAACCCAAGCCGGCUACUGACGCGCCCCCUGCCCAGCCCGGGGCCAAGGCGCCGCCGCCGGCGCACGUCGCCCAGGACGCGUCGUCGCCGGCUCCGCCGGAGCCCAAGCCGGCUCCCGCGGAUGCGCCGCCCGCCAAGGCCCCGCCGCCCGCAAAUGUGGCACAAGACGCACCAGUGCCAGAGCCCAAGCCGGCUCCUGCGAACGCGCCACCUGCCCAACCGGAGCCCAAGCCGGCUCCUGACGCGCCGCCCGCCCGGCCGGGGGCCAAGGCCCCGCCGCCGGCAAACGUGGCACAAGAUACACCACCUGUCCAGCCGGAGCCCAAGCCAAGCGCCCAGGACGCGCCGGCGGCCAAGGCCCCGCCGCCCCCGACCGUCGUACAGGACGCGCCGGUCCCAAGGCCCGAGGCCGCGGCGCCGCCGCCCCGAGCUGUGCCCCGGCCGGCCCCGGAGCCGGAAAAGCCUUGGGUGCCGAAGCGCGCGGACCUCGCCGACGAGGAGGAGAAGGACGAGCCGCUGCCGUCGGACGACGAGCCCUCAGCCGACGAGGCGGAGGACGCGGAGCCGCCGGUCUUCGUGGCGGCCGAGGAUCUCGCGCCGCGCUGGCACCGCGGCGACCGCGCGCUCGUCCGCGACGGCGGCACGUCGAAUUUUCUCGAAGGCAAGGUCGCGCACACGCUGCCGAACGGCGGCGCCGCCGUCAAGUUCGGCACGGAAACUAUUGACGUCGACGCGGGACGCCUCAAGCCGCCCCAAGACGUCUUCGCGCGCGCCGCGGCGGCCGCGUCGGUGCAGCUCCGCGCCUUUUUGUUAGGACGCAGCGGCGGCGGCACGCCGCAGGAGCAGCGGCGGAACUUAGUAAAGGCCUUCAAGGCCGCGGACGCCGACCGGAGCGGCACGAUGGACCGCAACGAGUUCCUCGCGCUCCUCAAGGACGCGGGCCUGCGCGUGGACGUCGACCGGGCCACGGCGCGCGCGGACGUCAGGAUCGUAAAGUGCCCCGCGCCGCGGGCGCCCGUCGAGCUCGACCACGCGGCCGUCGCCGUGCUCGUGGCGCGCCGCGCGUCGGGCGACAUCAAAGCCGGGGACGAGCUGCUUAGUAUCGGCGAGAAGACCGUGAAGCGCGAGGCGGACCGUUUGAGAGGCGACGACGACUUGGACCUGGCGACGCUGCCCGCGGCGAUGCUCAAGCACAAAGGAGAGUGGCGCGUGCGGCGCACGACCGCCAAGUACCUAUCAAAACGCGAGGCCGACGCGCUGAUGCGAUGCGUCGGGCUCUCGCUCGACGACGCGACGUCGCUCGAGAAUAUUGUGAGCUUUGCCUUUGACGACGCACCGGAGGGCCAGGAACCGGAGUUGGCCGUGGCCAUGGACGCGGCCGCCCGGUGUUUACGGGGCAACACGGAGGACGACGUGGACGCGGCCUUCGACGCGUGUCGAAAAGCCCUCGGCACGACGGCGACGACCAUCGAGACGACGAAGCUCGUAUCAUAUCUGUGUCAAGCGGACCUGGACUUGCCGGCGCCCGGCUACGGUUUAGGCGGCCCCCAGGACGACGAGGGGUCGUCGAGGCGGGGCCUCACGCCGCGGCAGGCCCACCUCGUGGUGCGGCGCUGCCUCGACCCGUCGGGCGACGGCGUCGUCACGAAGGACGAGUUCUCCGCCUUUGCGUUCUGGCCGACGCGCACCGUCGAGGGUUUGAGGAGAGCGGCGCUGACGGCGGCGUUUCAAUUGCCGGACGACGGCGAUUUGACGCCGGGUAGGAGGUUGUUUACGGCCCUGGACGAGGACGGCAAUGGGUGUUUGGGAAGGGCUGAAUUAGCCCGCGGCCUGGCGCGAUUGGGCGCUCCUUUACUGCCGAACGAGCGCCGACUGUUAUCGCAAGCGCUGGAUGUGGAUGGAGACGGCGCGACGACGCGCAAGGAGUUCCUCACGUUCUUGGGUGAGAAAGUUGAUGAUCUCGACGACAGGAUUGUGCCCACGCCGAAGAAGGUGCCGGUGGUGCCGAAGCCGUCUCCCCGAAGACCGCGCCGGCCCGAGGCGAGUUACCACCCCAAGCCCAAGGUCAGCGAGAAGACGAAGGAGGCUUUGGCGGUCUGGAUCACGCGCUGUCUAGCAUUGGAGGAGGACAACAAGGGUCUGAAUCGGAAGGUCCGCGAGCUGGCGCGGGACCUGAAGAAGGCCGUGCGUCCUAAAGCGGAGGAGCCCGACCCGGAACUCGCGAUGGAACUAGAGGCGCUGGCCGCGAAGAACGACGCGCUCGAGGUCCAGGUCGCCGAAUUUGAGUUGUGGAAGACGGAGACGCUGAAACAGCACGACGACGAAAAGACUACGAUCAGGGCGGAGCUCGAGGAGUCGUACCGCGAGCGCGUCCGCACGGCGGAAGCUGGCCAGCGGAAAGACAUGUUAAACGCGAAGCGCUUGCAACGCGAGCUCGCCGCGUUGAAGGCCCAGAAGGAGACGAAAGUAGUAGUAAAAGACGCCUACUUCAGCCGCAAGGGUUCCACGUCGAUCAUCAAGGAGAAGGAGGCCCUCCAGGCCAAACUGAAAGAUAGGGACGCAGAGAUCGCCGAUUUGAAAUACCGGAUAGAGCGCUACAAGAAGGGCGAACGGGCCCUCCAUCGGGCGUGGCAGAAGGCUUGCGUCAGAGGCGAUAAAUAUCGCGAGGCCGCGCGGGCGACGGAGGUCGACUGCGUGAAUCGACUGCGACGGACAAAGUCGCAGAUGGACGAGGCGUGUUUGAAGGCCGAGGGCGCCGUCGACGAGUCCGUCCUCCCGUCCGAGGAGGACGUGCAACGCCUGACCAAGCAGGAGACGCGCGCGUUUCGGGGCCGGCGCCAGUUCCCCGCGGCGAGCGCGUCGACGGUCGAGAUUUCCUAA